GGAAUUGAAAGCAUAUCCUGCUCCGAAAAGUGAGGACGAUAACUGUGGUUCAAAGCUCGUAGAAGGGGUAGCAAGCCGUACGACCAGUCCCUUAAAAUGCUCCAGUAAGCGGCCACUACUAACAACUUAGCUUUUGUAAAUAAGAAACGAUCCUUCCCCCAGCUGGCUGAGCUGAAGGGAGACGCUCUGCUGUCGUACCAAGAACAACCUCCGAUUUUUUGCUUUUGCUUUAUUGUUUUCUUUCUCUCUUUUUUAAAGUGCUCUGCGUUUGCAGGAAGACUUUAGCGAUGUGAGAACAAGACUGGAGAUAUUUUUGAUUCGACUUCAAGGCGGCAGCUUAAGUUUGUGGCGCUGCUAAGAGUACGUUCGAGUUUUGAUGCUAGUGUAAACCCAUUUAUCUGUCUGGACCAUCAAAGCGCUGAAGUGUGACAGAGUGACUGUUUGGAUUCCAGGAGAGCGAUGAGAAGAGCGUUCGGAUGCUCAGGCUCGCUGAAGAUAGCUCUUCAGUUUUAGGCUCCCCUUCGUCUUUUUUUUUUUUUAAAUCCGUGUGGGCUAUUGCAGAUCCGUUUGGUUGGCGAAGGUCCUUAUCUGGAAACAUUCAGUACCAGAUUUACUCCUCACCCCCUUCAACGAUCAAACAAGCCGGGAGCAGACCCUCGCUGUCCCACAGUAACGGAUUUCUUUUUGGACUGAGGCAGUUGAAUGGAUUUUCCGGUACACUGCUAAAAUUGGUUAAAAAGAACUGUUCGAGAUUCAAAUAAUUUUUCGGUACCAGCUUACUCGUACUCGUAAAUGCUCCACUUUGAUCGUUGAUAAAGGAAUAUAUCUGUGUGAGAUAUUCAAAGGCAAAGUACUCCUGGUUUUGUUUCCUGAUUAUUUAUUGUGAUAUUUGAAUACGCUGGUGGAGAAAAUGAACGUGUAUGUCGUGUGCCUUUUCCUUACUUUGGAUUUAGCCACCGUGGCUUUCUGUCUGUCUACGUGCAGUACGCUGGACAUGGAUCAAUUCAAGAAAAAACGCAUCGAAGCCAUUCGAGGGCAGAUUCUGAGUAAGCUGAAACUCGCCGCCCCCCCAGAGGACUUCCCCGAACCCGAGGAGGUGUCCCGGGACAUCGUCUCUAUCUAUAACAGCACCCGGGACUUAUUGCAAGAAAAAGCGAACGAACGGGCGGCGACUUGCGAACGGCAGCGGAGCGAGGAGGAGUACUACGCCAAAGAGGUGCACAAGAUCGACAUGCAGCCCUUCUACCCGUCAGAGAAUGUUAUUUCUCCUACACCCUUCAACCCUUACUUCCGGCGGCUGACUUUUGAUGUGUCCUCUAUGGAGAAGAAUGCCUCCAACUUGGUGAAGGCAGAGCUCAGGAUCUUCCGUCUUCAAAACCCUGGGGCCCGAGUGUCUGAGCAACGAAUUGAGCUCUAUCAGAUUUUAGGAUAUAAAGAUCUGACAUCCCCAACACAGCGGUAUAUUGACAGCAAGGUAAUACGAACACAAACAGAGGGGGAGUGGUUAUCCUUUGAUGUUACAGAGGCAGUUAGUGAAUGGCUAAACCACAGAGACCGAAACAGUGGAUUCAAGAUCAGCCUGCACUGCCCGUGCUGCACUUUUGUACCAUCAAAUAACUACAUCAUUCCUAAUAAGAGUGAGGAGCUGGAGGCACGAUUUGCAGGCAUCGACGACAACCUAAUCCAUGGUCGUGACCUAAAGGUUUUUAGGAAGUGGCAGCACACUGUUCGGGAUCCACAUCUUCUCCUCAUGUUGCUGCCUUCAUACCGCCUGGAGUCCCAGUCCCAACAAAAGAACCAUCGAUCCAAGAGAGCUCUCGAUGCUGCCUACUGCUCCAAAAAUGUUCAGGAUAACUGCUGCUUACGAUCGCUCUACAUUGAUUUUAAGAGGGACCUGGGCUGGAGGUGGAUCCAUGAGCCCAAGGGCUAUGAGGCCAACUUUUGUGCAGGGGCCUGUCCAUAUCUGUGGAGUGCGGACACCCAGCAUUCCAAGGUGUUAGGUCUGUAUAACACCAUCAACCCUGAAGCAUCGGCAUCCCCCUGCUGUGUCUCCCAAGACCUGGAGCCUCUCACUAUCCUGUACUACAUCGGCAAGACCCCCAAAAUAGAACAGCUCUCAAAUAUGAAGGUCAAGUCCUGCAAGUGCAGCUAGAAGUCCUUAGAAAAUACAUACUCUUCUUUCAUCCAGAGUGGAGUGAGUUAACGUACCGUCAAAGUGCCGCUGCACUCAUUUACUAGCAAUCCUACAGCAGUCGUUUCACACAGGCAUGGCCAGGAAUGGUAUAUUAGAGAAUAAAAGGAACAAGUCAAUGUGAGUUCAAUGCAUAUUCAACAUACAGGACCAGAGCAGUUAUAAUACCAAAAACUUUAGUUCGAUGCACUGUAUGGACAAAAAAUGUUGGGCCUUCAUGUAAAUUCAUGUGUGUCUUGUUGCUACAGGUGUUAAUAAUCAUGCACCUAGCCAUGAAGUCUGCCUUUAAAAGAUCUGUAAAAGAAUUGGUCAUUCUAAAGAGCUCGUUGACUGAGUAUGGUACUAUAAUAAGAUUUAAAGAUUGCAACGAGUCAUUUUGUUAAAUUUUAUUUCUCAUAGAUAUGAAGUGAUCAACUGUAAGUAGUUUUAUCCCAAAGUGAAACAGCAACUCAUCCAGGAAGUGAAAGACCGUGUAAAGUUACAAAGGAGUUCUGAAGCAUGUUGUACAUAAAAGUCACUAACACUCUGUUGAUUCAAUAACUGCAGAGUUAAUUAAUUAUUUAUACCAGAACUGCAUACCAGAGCUGUCAGAAGCUUCAUGUAUAGGUAACCCAGUACUUUUGUUCAUAUAGGAAGAAUUGUAUUUCUGUAUUGACACAGGUUUGCAAGUAAAAUGAGCUUGUGUGCUGUUCUCCUAAUAAAUGGUCAAAGAAGAAUAAUACUUCUUAAUAAUAUUUCUUAGUAAGGGUAAUUUACACCAUGAAGGCCUGCUCUCAAAAACUGAUAUAGAUAAAUCCAGCUACACAAACAGUUAUAAGAAAUAAGUGCUUACAGUUUUUUAGAAAAUGUUUAGUGCCAUCUUGUGUCAGUACAGAACAUUAUGUCACCUGGUUGGUUUGUUGGUUGCUGUUAACAGACUUGCACUGAACCAACCAACUCAGGUGAAAAUAAGGACACUAAAACUAACCCUAACCCUUUUCUACUCUCCCGGAAUACUCAAAACGCUCUAUACAACACGCCACAUUCACGACAUUCACACAAGCACUGUCUUCUAUGCUUUUAAGUGCUUACUAACUACGGUGGAUGCAUCGGAGAACAAGUUGGGGUUAAUAUCUUGCCCAAGCAUAUUUGGCAUGCAGACUGGGGGGGAGCCAAGGAUCAAACCACCGACCUUCCGAUCAGUAGAUGCUCUACCUCCUGAGCUAUAGCCACCCUACAGAGUAGGCAGCACAAAAGUGAACCCUUUAAAUGAAAUUUUAGUUUUAGCCUCCUCAUAUUCCACUGAGUUACUAGUUCUGUUAUUAGUUUGCUAAAAUAAACGGAAGUCAAACAAACCAACCAACUCGGUGAUGUAGCAUUCUGUAUCACAAGAUGGUGCUAAACAUGUUUAAAACACGCACUUGUUUCUUAAAUCCAGCUACAAGGAGUGUUAAAUCCACAUCAGUUUUUGGGAGCAGGGCUCCAUGGUGUAAAUUAGCCUUUGUCCACUUUAAUCCAUCAGAAAAAUAAAUAAUGAAUAGUUCACAUGGUUUUUUUCCCUCACCAAUAUGCAAUACUGAAAUAUUUUCCUCAAUAACGAAAUGAUCAAGUCUAGUAUUUACAGUUAAUUUUAUUAUUGAGUCUUCGUCAUUGACUUUUUAGGAGUCUUGUUAAAAUCCAGUGGCGUUUUAGAUCAUAACAAACUUUCCACCAGUUAUAUUUUUGGUUCAUUACAUGAGGCUAGAGAUUUGUUUGGAGUUUUUUUUUUUUUAAAUCGUACACUUGCAGAGUUCUGAAUUUAAAAAAACAGAAAAGUACUGUCAUCUCCAAUAUCUUUUUGAAAUAUUGUGGCACUAAAGCGGCACACAUUCAAAAAAUCCAGGCCGGUAUAGUAUUCAGUACCAAGUUAUGUGAGAAUACAGCAAACACUGGAAAUGUAAGUGAUAUGUGUAUAUAUGUGAAAUAAGUCCUUGAAAAAACAGAUCUACUCAGACCUACCUAACACUUUGCUUUCAACCACUUAGCCCUUCAGCAGAUAUCAAAGGCACAAUACCACAUUCUUAUACAUCAUUAUUUAUUUUAUUCCUUGAGAAGUAUUCUUAGUUUUGCAUUUUCUGAUUCUGUACAGUAAGACAUUGCAGUAAGAUGUCCUGCAACCUUGCAGUGUUGACAUAUAUUAUCUACUCCAUUUUGUAGUUUAUAUAAUACACACACACAACUUUUAUUAAGCCGUUAUAAGAGAGAAUAAGAUGUUGCAUUAGAAUUGUAAAGGCUAUUUGGAUUUAUUAUGGCAAUAGUAUUAAUUUUAUAGCUUCCCAUUUAUAUUAUAAAACACUUUUUCAAGGGGUAAGAAAAACAGUGUUGUAUGUAAUAACUUUUAAUUGCUAAAUUGGCAUACUAUGUUAACAGUUUUAAACAGUAAUGGAGCGAUAGUCUCCUUCUAGAAUUUCUCAUGAAAAUUAUUAGUUUUGUUUGUUUGGAUGAACUGGCAACUGGCCCUUUUAAAUAGCCCAGUGUAACAGAUGCCAUAACACGUUUAAGUAAAAAGCUUAGAUUCUGAAUCAUUACAACCCCGAGUCUGCUGUCUGUGUUGUUUAAAAACUAAAAUACAUGUUUAUUUAUGAUGUCCAGAUUUCUGAAACAGAAAAUUCUGUAAAUGUGUAAUGGCAAUGAAUAAAAUGUGUUUUCAUCAUUAA